AUGACAGAAUCAUCGUUGGCCGUCUCUAACCUAGGUAAAUAUUAUACUUCCGCCACGCUCAUCCGCCGAGCGCAUGGUCCCGAUGCGAGUGAGGCUGUGCACGUCGUCUGCAUUGUCGAGAAGCCCAGUUGUGAUUCGAUCGCGGCCCCGCAUCAGCAGGAAGAGCCGAUGCGCUGGGUGCACCGUGUGGCGCUAGCAUGGCAACUUGUCCUCUGUUCUUUGAGGGGUAUUGAUGUGGAUGAUCAUGAUGAUGAUGAUGAACGAUGA